AUGCUAGAUGAAGUGUACCCAGACCUUGAUCAGGCUGAGGGCGACGAGAAUAUCUACACCCUCGGUCGGAUUAAAGAACAUAAUAUCGUUAUCGCUUGUCUUCCAGCUGGUACUACCGGAAUAAUACCUGCAUCCAAGCAAGCGGCAGAUAUGCUUCGAACCUUCCCAAGGAUUCGGUUUGGACUGAUGGUAGGUAUUGGUGGAGGAGCUCCAUGUGCCAACAAACCUCCCAGUGAGGACAUUCGACUCGGCGAUGUCGUUGUGAGCACUCCAGACAAAACCCUCGGUGGGGUGGUGAAAUAUAACCAUGGAAAAGUGGUAGCUGGCGGCAAGUUUGAGCGCACCGGUAUGCUCAAUAUGCCGCCUACCCAGCUAAGAAACGGGGUGUCAAAAUUACGCUCUAAGCAUGAACAAUAUCGUAAUGCGAUUUCCCGAUACGUGUCGCAAAUGAUUGAGAUGGCAUCAGAGUCCGAUGAUGCGAAUCCGCAGUUCAGAUAUAUGUUUUGUCAUCAGGGCUUAGAGAACGACCAGUUAUUCGAAGCAUCCUACGAGCACGUGGAAUUUGCACAACAAACAAACGCGAUAAAACAUACUUUAUUCCCCGCUAUGGGACUGCUGGGUUGUGUUAUAAUCAUCAUUGCAAGUACAACCAUCGUGCAACAGCUGCCUUGGACUAGUACUCUUGCAACAUGCUCCGUGGUGUGCGGCAUCGCUGCGAUAGCACUUAUUAUGGACUUCCGCACAGGAUGGCAGAGCGCACUAAGUACCAUCAAUGAUCCUAAACGGCCUUGCCCAUGUUGCAACAAAUCACGUAUAGUUCAUCGACAGCCCCGGGAGACCAAUGAUCCUAUCAUUCAUUAUGGCACUAUUGCAUCUGAUGAUGUUGUUAUGAGGCAUGCAACCACAAGAGAUAAACUUCAGCAACAGUAUAAUAUACUAUGCUUUGAGACGGAGGCAGCAGGGUUGAUGAAUGAUUUUCCUUGCCUUGUUAUUCGUGGAAUUUCCGAUUAUUCAGAUACUCACAAACACAAGCUCUGGCAAAGGUAUGCUGCUGCAACAGCAGCUGCAUAUACCAAGGAGCUUCUUGAGGUCAUCCCCCCUACCGAGGUGACAAAAAUGGGGCCAGCAGUGGAUAUAGUAGAUAUUGUGCGUAAUGAAUUUGCUACGAUACAUGCUAAAAUGAACAAAAGCCUUGGCCCUCUACUGAAUGAACAGGUGAAUAAGGAGCAUAAAAAGAUCUUGGAUUGGCUGGCUCCUUCGUCCCAUGAAUCACAACAUCUGGAUGCUUAUAAAAAGCACCAGCCAGGUACUGUAAAAUGGUUUCUAGAGUCUCAAGAGUUCCUCAGCUUGAUGAACGGGGAUGUAUCGACUCUUUUUUGCCCCGGUAUCCCUGGUGCUGGCAAAACUAUACUAGCUUCGAUGGUAAUAAAGCAUUUGCAAGAGCAAGGAGAUGGCCAGUCAUGUAUCACUUUCCUAUAUUGCAGCUACGGAAAGAGACAAGAACAAACAACAGAAAACCUCUUAUCUACCCUUCUGAGACACGUUGUUGAACAAUGUGACCUCAUCCCAGAGUCAGUCAGCCUUCUUUAUGAGUCUCAUACAAAGAAGCAUAUAAAGCCGACUCCUGAUAGCUUAUUGGACACACUCAUUCACAUUAUCAGGACUCAGAAUCGAGCAUUUCUUGUGGUUGAUGCUGUGGACGAAUGCCCUGACGAGACUUGGAAGGGUUUACUGAAGGCAAUUCGGAAGUUACAAGAUAAUACUCGUCUGGGAUUUAUGGCAACGUCGCGCCCUUCACUAGAGCGAGAAAUUCAGGGCGCUACGCGACUGGAAAUUCGUGCAAGCCAAAACGACAUUGAGAGCUACUUGGACAAUCGUUUUCAGGAGCUAUCUAAAUGUGCCCAGCAAGAUAGCCGAUUGAAGGAGAACAUAAAGCAGCAAAUCUGUGACGCAGCUGACGGCAUGUUCCUCCUCGCCACCCUUCACAUGGAUUCAUUAAAAGACAAACGAACACCGAAUGAAUUCAGAAUAGCUCUCCAAAGCCUCCCAAAAGGGCUAGGAGCAUUGGAUAUGGCGUAUGACAAUGCGGUUAGCAGAAUUGACGAUCAAGGGGCAAAUUCCCGUACAUGGGCCCGUCGUGUCCUAUCCUGGGUGUUCCAUGCCAUACACCCAUUACGACCGAUUGAGCUUCAACAUGCUCUAGCCAUAGCAGCAGGAGACCGCCGACUUCAAGAAGAUCGUCUUCCAGUGUUCGAGGAAAUUACCUCCCUCUGUGCAGGACUUGUCAUACUCAAUCAGGAGAGUCGUACUAUCCAGCUAGUUCACUACACGACUCAGGAGUAUUUCAGUAAUCUUGACUGGAUUCAAACAUCAAUUGAUGAUAUUACAACAAGCUGCAUCACAUACCUCCACUUUGACGAUUUUGAAAGCGGCUUUUGUCCAUCGAAAGAAGAAUUUGAGAAACGGAUUGAGCUACACCCGUUUUACGCAUAUGCUGCUAGUACCUGGGGGCAUCAUGCCCGCUCUUUACCGAUCAAAAAGGAAGAUUUGAUUAUGGGAUUUCUUGAAAGUAAGGCCAAGGUGUCCGCUUGUAGCCAGGUUCUUCUGAACUACAAGUUCUGGAGUGUAGAUAACGAGGUUGUUCCCGGACAAGCGAGUGGUGUCCAUCUUGCUGCCUAUUUUGGCCUACAAAAAGCCCUCGUAGCUCUAUUUAACAGAGGGCAUGGCAAGGAUUCUAGAGACAGCCAUGGUCAAACUCCGCUCUACUGGGCUGUUGAGGGUGGAAAUGUGGAAGGAGUGGCUUUACUUCUUUCCAAGGGCGCUAAUCCGAACCUCUAUUCUGAUGGUGUCCGUUGGACGCCACUCCUCCGUGCCAUAGGUAGUGAAAACGAGAGCAUAAUACGGCUCUUACUUGAAAGCCAUGCGGACCCAAACUUUUGCUCAAAAGGUUACACACCACUGAUCUUAGCUAUAUCCCUUGAUUAUGAAAAGAUUGUCAAAGUCCUACUAGAAUACGCUGAUCCAAAUCUCUACUCACACGGCUACACACCACUGACUUUCGCUAUAUUCCUUCAGCACGAAGGAGUUGUGAAUAUCCUGCUUGAAUGCGCUGAUCCAAACCUCUGCUCAAACGAUCGAACACCACUUCUUCACGCUAUAUCCACUCGACAUGAAGGAAUUAUCCAGAUCCUGCUUAAAUGCGCUGAUCCAAAUCUCUGCUCGAAUAGUCGAACACCACUUGCUUACGCUAUAUGCCUUGAACACGAGGAGGCAGUGAGACUACUGCUUGAAAGUCAUGCCGAUCCAGAUUUCAGAGGAGACCACAAUGAAAUACCACUGCUCUUGGCUCUACUCCUCAAACACGAAGGAAUUAUCAAACUUUUGCUUAAACACAUUGGUCCAAACCUCUGCUCUAGUGGUCCCGCACCACUGCCUUUUGCUGUAGUCCAGGGAUAUGAGGAGGGUGUGAAACUACUGCUCGAACUUUACGCUGACCUAAACUUUUGCAUAGUAAAUGUAGAAAGGGAUAUGGAAACUGCGAUUAGUGUGGCUAAAGAACUUGGGCAUGAAGAAAUACUCGAGUUAUUACUUGAUAGCAGGAGCAAGGUUGUAAGUUUGGAAUACUGA